AUGAAGGAUCUGGGCCCGUUAAGAUACUUUUUGGGAGUAGAAGUAAAUAGAAGUAAGAAGGGAAUUUUUCUGUCUCAGAGAAAGUAUAUUCUUGACCUGCUUGCUGACACUGGAAAGUUGGGAGCCAAACCUUGUAGUACUCCAAUGGUUCCCAAUGUGCAUAUUAUGACAAAUGAUAGUGAUUCUUUUGAUGAUCCAGAGAAAUAUAGAAGCAAUCAAGGUCAUACUGUGUUGAGUGUUUUACAUAUGCUGAUUAUGUUGGAUCCAAAAUUGAUAGGAGUGUUUGUUGGAGGGAACUUAGUUUCAUGGAGAAGUAAGAAGCAAAGUGUUGUAUCUCGAUCUAGUGUAGAAUCCGAGUACAGAGCUAUGUCACAGUCUACUUGUGAGAUUAUAUGGAUACAUCAUCUUUUAACAGAAAUUGGCAUAAAGCAUUAUACACCAGCUAAGCUCUGGUGCGAUAAUCAAGCUGCUCUUCAUAUUGCGUCAAAUCCGGUGUAUCAUGAAAGAACUAAACAUAUUGAGGUCGAUUGUCAUUUUAUUCGUGAGAAGAUUCAGGAAAAAUUAAUUUCCAUCGAUUACGUAAAGACAGGAGAGCAACUAGCUGAUUUGUUCACAAAAAACGUUAAAUGGAACUCGAGUUGA